AUGAGGAGCGGCGCGGAGCGCAGGGGCAGCAGCGCUGCGGCGCCCCCCGGCUCGCCGCCCCCCGGCCCGCCAACCGCCGCGGGCCAGCCCCGGGCCCGGGAGGCGGGCGAUGCCCGCGCGCCGCCGCGCCCCUUGUUUCCAUGGAGCAAGUGGAAGAAGAGAAUGGGCUCGUCCAUGUCGGCGGCCUCGGCGCGGAGGCCGGUGUUUGACGACAAGGAGGACGUGAAUUUCGACCACUUCCAGAUCUUGCGGGCCAUCGGGAAGGGCAGCUUCGGCAAGGUGUGCAUCGUGCAGAAGCGGGACACGGGGAAGAUGUACGCCAUGAAGUACAUGAGCAAGCAGCAGUGCAUCGAGCGCGACGAGGUCCGCAACGUGCUCCGGGAGCUGGAGAUCCUGCAGGAGAUCGAGCACAUCUUCCUGGUCAACCUCUGGUACUCCUUCCAGGACGAAGAGGACAUGUUCAUGGUGGUGGACCUGCUGUUGGGCGGGGACCUGCGCUACCACCUGCAGCAGAACGUCCAGUUCUCCGAGGACACUGUGAGGCUGUAUGUCUGUGAGAUGGCCCUGGCCCUCGACUACCUGCGUGGCCAGCAUAUCAUCCACAGAGACGUCAAGCCCGACAACAUCCUCCUGGAUGAGCAAGGACACGCGCACCUCACCGACUUCAACAUCGCCACCAUCAUCAAGGACGGCGAGCGCGCCACCGCCCUGGCCGGCACCAAGCCCUACAUGGCUCCAGAGAUCUUCCAGUCGUUCGUGCACGGAGGGGCCGGCUACUCCUUCGAGGUGGACUGGUGGUCGGUGGGCGUGAUGGCCUACGAGCUGCUGCGCGGAUGGAGGCCCUACGACAUCCACUCGAGCAACGCCGUCGAGUCCCUGGUGCAGCUCUUCAGCACGGUCAGUGUCCAGUAUGCGCCGACCUGGUCCAAGGAGACGGUGGCCCUGCUGCGGAAGCUGCUCACGGUGAACCCUGAGCACCGCUUCUCCAGCCUGCAGGACAUGCAGGCCGCCCCGCCGCUGGGCUCCGUGUUGUGGGACGAGCUGAGCCGGAAGAAGGUGGAGCCCGGCUUUGUGCCCAAUAAGGGGCGCCUGCACUGCGACCCCACCUUCGAGCUGGAGGAGAUGAUCCUGGAGUCGAGGCCCUUGCACAAGAAGAAGAAGCGGCUGGCCAAGAGCAAGUCCCGGGACCAGAGCCGAGACGGCUCCCAGUCCGAGAAUGAGUACCUGCAGGACUGCCUGGACGCCAUCCAGCAGGACUUCGUGAUUUUCAACAGAGAGAAGCUGAAGAGGAGCCAGGACCUCACGAACGAGCCCGAGAGCGCAGCCGAGGGGGAGCCCGGGGCAGACCCUGAGGUGGGACGCUUGGCCCUGCCUACCUGCGGCGCCCUGUGCCCCUCGCCAGGGAGCAGCUAGGCAGGCCGGGCGGCUGGUGCUCGGCGUGGACAGCAGCUCUCAGUGGCCUCGGGGACGCCGAUCCGCAGGGAAGGCCAUGGAGGCCCAGCCUCGGCCCUGACGGCACACGCAGGCCCUGGCCUGGACGGUGGGCACGCUGCUGCCCGGGCUGCACUUUCCUACGGACAGCCCGGCCCCGAGCUGGCCCCAGGCGCCCCAAGACAUGGCGGGCCUCGGGGUUCGGGGUGUCUCUGCUUUUUGUGAGCAGACGGCAACAAGAGGCGCCUGUCUGGCUGAGCACAGGCAGGUCAGUGGACAGGUCCUGAGGGCCACCGAGCCCUUCCCAGUACCUGGCGGCCCUUGGGGGCCCCUGGCCGACUGGCUGGCAGACACGGAGGCCGUGGGCUGCGUGGGGGAGCAGGGCCUGCUGCCCCGGGUCUCUCCCUGGCCUGCGGCUGGACAUGCCCCCGUCGCCGGCACCUGUGCCCGCACCACCUGGGUUCUGCGAGCUACCCCAGGUGUGGACCUGGCCAAGGUUCUGCUUUGUUCUUGUUUAUCAAGGGACAUGGUUGGGGGGAGGGCUGAGGGUGGGAUGAUGAAUGUUUUCUACAGAUGCUACCUGUUCUGGCAGUUUCUG